UGGAACCACAAAUGAACCAAAUUUUACCUUUUUCACUUGAGACUGCGUUUUCUUGACCAGUGGUGUCUUGCUAAUCAAAGAUGGAGGACGAAGAGCAAAAAGAGAUGAUUGCUAAAGAUAUUCCUAAAAUGACCGCUUUGCUAUCCGGCCUUAACGAGAAGAUUUCUGAUGCUGACCAAAGAGUUUUAUCAUUAAUCGAGAGGGUCGAAAGUGGAUCAUUAUGUACCAUAAAGGGUGUGAGUUUCUUAGAAAUGAAAUUUCAUUUGCUUCUGAGUUACUUGAUUAACAUGGUCCAGUUGAUGCUAUUUAAGACCAAUGGUAGAUCAAUUGAAGGUGAUCCUGUGAUAGAAAGACUAGUUGAAAUACGCACGGUGAUGGAAAAGAUUCGACCACUUAACGAAAAAUUGAAAUAUCAAAUUGAUAAACUUUUAAAAAUUGCCAAAAGUGGUCAUUCUGGUGGAAAAAAUGAUCCUCUUAGAUUCAAACCAAAACCUGAAAAUCUUGUUAGCAAGCUUGAAGAUACCACAGAAGAGGAAAAGAAGACAGGCGUCUAUGUUCCACCAAAGUUGGCUGCAAUGCAUUAUGAUCUAAAUAAUUUUCUUGCUUCUCUAUUUACCAAGAUGAGGAUAAACUUUCAAAAGGAAAAGUCAGCGGAAAUAGCCAGAAAAAAAGCUUUAAACAGCUCUUUACUUCGAGAAUUAAGAGAUGAAUAUUCUGAGGCACCACUAGAGUUGAAGGAAACUGAAAUAUUUGAUCGUCAAAAAGAAAAAGUCCAAGACGAGGAAAAACACCAACAAAGAUAUGAAGAAAAUAAUAUGAUGCGUGUCAUAUCAAAGAAACGGGGAAAGGGUAUAAAAAUACAAACACAAUCAUUGGAUGAACUGACCAAAUUUACUGAUCUCAGUAUAUUAACAAAGAUGGCAGUUGAUGAGGAAAGUGAUGAUGAUGAUGAAACAGCAAGAAAAACAUCAAAAAAGAAGCGCAAAUCACGGUCUUUUCGAAAGUCUGAUAACAAAAAGAAGAAAUUAAAAGGUAAAACAUCAUCCAUUAGGUAUACAUAA